CAGACGUCCGACUCUAAAGAUGCUUGCAAAUCAAUAUCAAUUUACAUAUUUACAUACCUACAUACAAUUUAUUACAAGAUACAUGUCUUAUAACCACUUAUCGAACCUACCAUCUAAUUCACUACUUUCCUCUCAUUAGGAAUUUAUGGGCGCAUUGUCUGCCGUAACAUGAUGAAUUCCCCUCGCAUAGCGUUAUCACGAACUUGGACAACCUUGUCCGGUCGUCGCAUUGCCACAUCAGCCCCAAGAUUACUCCCUUGCGAAAGCCUCUUACGACAGUUCUCGAAUUAUCAACCAUGGUAUGCGCCUUCAGAAAAGCUCCAAGAAACGCCAUCAUACCACCCCUAUCCCCUAAAUGCAAACCCGAGUAGAUCGUCGCAACCGCGCAACGAACCUAUACCAGAAACCUCCAUCGCCAGUCCCAUACCAAACGUUCACGAGACUCGACCACCACCUCAGCCAGAAGCAGUUACACAUCCUGAUGUUGCCUUCACAGAACAGGAGGCGCAGAAGCCGAAGCCAGCCCCUCCGAAACGCGAACGCAAGCUCAGACCACGCAAAGCCGCGUUAAAGCUUACUCCUUCAGCGGUAGAACAUCUUCGAGGCUUGCUAGACCAACCAGAGCCAAAGUUGAUCAAGGUGGGCGUGCGCAAUAGGGGAUGUAGCGGUCUAUCCUAUCAUUUAGACUACGUGGACAAGCCCGGCGCCUUUGACGAGGAGGUCGAGCAAGAUGGAGUAAAGGUCUUGAUCGAUAGCAAGGCGCUCUUUAGCAUAAUAGGGAGCGAAAUGGAUUGGAUUGAGGAUAAGCUGAGCCAGCGGUUCAUAUUCCGGAAUCCAAACAUAAAGGAGGAAUGCGGCUGCGGAGAAUCGUUUAUGGUGUAGUAGUGAACUGCAAGCGAUAAUGAGUUAAGAUACCAUUCAUCUGCAUUGGGCGGCGUUACCACUGUCAUUAUUAGAUUAUACAACCAUCACCACUUGGUUAGAGCAUCUCGACCCGGUCCGUUCAACUACAACUCCAACAUCAACAGUCAGUUGUAUCAAGGAGGACUCAGUGUUAAUAAACUGGGCAUGCAUACGUGGAACAAUAGCCGUCUCACGUACCAUCUGCAAAUAAUCAGCUCUUAGCUAUACCAUCACACCUAUAGGGUGCGUUUAGGAAUUCAAGUUGCCAUGGUUAGUUAGGGUGUGAUAACCAAGGGAGGUUGCCUGGAGGCAGAACCAAAGCAGCAUCGUAUGCCAACUAACAACAUACCGAUUCAUAAUGCUUAUAGGCUGCCAUGACUCCCAAGUACAUAAUAAAUAUAUCCAAUCACAGAAGCAUAAUGAAUAUUGAGGAUAGAUUAUUUACGUAGAAAUCUAACUUAGCCACUCACAACCUUGUUGUUUCCGUACAUACCUAAGUGAUGGAUGAAGUUUUCGAGAGCUACUCUACGC